AUGCACAAAUUUGCAAAGACAAGAUGGGUGUACAGAAGUGAAUCAAUUGAAGCAGUAUGGAGUUCUUUUGAAGCCAUAAGAAAUUCCUUAGCGGAAGUAACAGAGAAAGACAACAACGCUUUGGCAAGAACCAAAGCAGCUUCUCUCCGAAAGAAAAUUGCCAAGUUUGAGUUUGUUUUCGCGAUGAUGUUCAUGAGGUUGAUUAUGAGAAAGACCAGUAUCCUGACUGUGCAGAUGCAGAAGCCAGAGCUUUUAAUGUCCUAGAUUGUCUUGCACUGAUUGAUCAAACUGUUAUGUCGUUGGAAAGAAUCUGAAUUAAAUGAUCAAAUAGAUGCCAGUGUUGAGUUUGCGAAAUUGCUAGGUUCCCGCAGACAAGUUUGCUAAAAAGAGUGGUAGAAGAAUAAGCAAAUGGUUGGAAGACAACCCUGAGACGUUGACGAUACUUCACGCCAGCUAUCAAAAAUGUAUGAUUGAAGCCCUUGAUUCCCUCAAUACAGAGUAUAGAGAAAACAUAAAAGAUUGUUUGCAAAAGAUCAAACCUUUAACUGUUAUUCUUCAGCCUCCAAUGACCCAACCGAUUUUUUAACAAGUUGAAAAGGUCGCUGGGCUUUUUCCUCUGUCAGUCAGCGUAGAUUAUUUGUCAUUAGCUGCAGAAUGCGAGAUUUUUGUGAACUUUGUCAAUGAGACUGAAGAAACAUGUAAGACAGUCCAUGAUGCAGGAAAGAUUGCGUUUGAAAAUAAAGAAAUUUUCCCAAACGUUUACAGAUGCUACAAACUUCUGUUUACUUCGCUAGUAAGUGUGGCAGACAUCAAAAGGUCGUUCAGCAAAAUGAAGAUUGUCAAGAAUUAUUUGCGGUCAAUGAUGAAAGGUGAACGGCUUGAAGAUCUAGUCGUCCUCUCAUCUGAAAAGGACUUAACUGAUACGAUAGAUGUUAAUGUGGUUCUGAAAAGUUGGGCAACCAGAAAAAAUCAAAAACUCAAAAUUUGGUUCACUAUUGAAGCUUAA